GGCGGAGGGGGAGAAUUAGUCCGUGUGGAGCGAGCGAGCUGAGUGGUUGUGUAGUCGAGUCCCGGAGACCGGUAGCGCUUGCAGCAUGGCUGACCAGCUGACUGAAGAGCAGAUUGCAGAAUUCAAAGAAGCUUUUUCACUAUUUGACAAGGAUGGUGAUGGAACUAUAACAACAAAGGAGUUGGGAACUGUAAUGAGGUCUCUUGGGCAGAAUCCCACAGAAGCAGAGUUACAGGACAUGAUUAAUGAGGUGGAUGCUGAUGGUAACGGCACAAUUGACUUCCCGGAAUUUCUGACAAUGAUGGCAAGAAAAAUGAAAGACACAGACAGUGAAGAAGAAAUUAGAGAAGCAUUCCGUGUGUUUGAUAAGGAUGGUAAUGGCUAUAUUAGUGCAGCAGAGCUCCGCCAUGUGAUGACAAACCUUGGAGAGAAGUUAACAGAUGAAGAGGUUGAUGAAAUGAUCAGGGAAGCAGAUAUCGAUGGUGAUGGUCAAGUAAACUAUGAAGAGUUUGUACAAAUGAUGACAGCAAAGUGAAGACAUUGUACAGAAUGUGUUAAAUUUCUUGUACAAAAUUGUUUAUUUGCCUUUUCUUUGUUUGUAACUUAUCUGUAAAAGGUUUCCCCCCUGUUGUCAAAAAAAAUAUGCAUGUAUAGUAAUUAGGACUUCAUUCCUCCAUGUUUUCUUCCCUUAUCUUACUGUCAUUGUCCUGAAACCUUAUUUUAGAAAAAUUGAUCAAGUAACAUGUUGCAUGUGGCUUACUCUGGAUAUAUCUAAUAAGCCCUUCUGCACAUCUAAACUUAGAUGGAGUUGGUCAAAUGAGGGAACAUCUGGGUUAUGCCUUUUUUUUUUUUUUAAGUAGUUUUCUUUAGGAACUGUCAGCAUGUUGUUGUUGAAGUGUGGAGUUGUAACUCUGCGUGGACUAUGGACAGUCAACAAUAUGUACUUAAAAGUUGCACUAUUGCAAAACGGGUGUUUUAUCCAGGUACUCGUACACUAUUUUUUUGUACUGCUGGUCCUGUACCAGAAACAUUUUCUUUUAUUGUUACUUGCUUUUUAAACUUUGUUUUAGCCACUUAAAGAAAAUCUGCUUAAUGGCACAAUUUGCCUCAAAUCCAUUCCAAGUUGUAUAUUUGUUUUCCAAUAAAAAAAUUACAAUUUACCCAA